AGAGGAGAGAAGUGCUGGAGGUUGAGCAAUGCAAAGAAUAAGAGAGAGAGAGAGGGGGGUGAAUCACAGGGAUGCACAGAGUGGAGAGAAUGUCAGUGUGCUUCAGAGGAAAGGAAUGAUGAGAGGACCGCCGCUCCACUUUCUUCUUGGAGGACGUUACCCACACUUUACACAGUAGUGCUGGAUUCUUUUGCCUUCAUCGGCGCCUGUGUGCGUAAACCCCUCUCUGGUGCACAACAUCGGGAAAUGCCAGACAUGGUUUCCUGAUUGGCUCUUCUACCAUCACAUCCACAAGGAUACACCAGUCUGUCCCGGGCCAUGACUGCUUUGCUUCACAACGUCACUAUCUCCGGCGGUGCAGCGGCGCAGCUGCCAAUCACAGACAGACCAUUAAACCUGACGGCAGCACCGGGGUCGGGACAGACCCUGGCCCCUCUCUGCACUCUCUGCUGCUGUGGUUUUGUCAAUCGCACCCUGACCGUGGUGUUCAUGGUCAGCCUGGCGUUUGCCAUCGUGGUCGGAAAUGUGGUCACGCUCACUGUUUUUGUGCAAACUAGGCAGUCGAGGACACCACAGGGAUACCUGAAAGUGUCUCUGGCCAUAGCGGACAUGAUGGUCGGUGUCCUCGUGGUUCCGUUCUCCGUCUACACGGAAAUAUCGCUGAUGGUGACGAGCGCUCCUCCCUCAUGGUACCAGGGUAGUCCUACGUCCCCGGCAUCCUCCUCCUCCGUCGGUGGACUCGUGAGUCCCUGGCAGCCGUGCAUGCUGAUCGGCCCCGUGUUUGCCGGCUGCACGUUUGUCUCCAUCAGCACCAUUUUCCUCAUGACCCUGGAGCGAAGUGUCGCCAUCCUGUGGCCUCUCCACAAAGACGUCCUGGUGACGCGUAAGCGGACUCUGCUCCUCAUCCUGCUCUCCUGGGCCGCUAGCUUCCUGCUGGCCCUUGCGCCUCUCACCUUUAGCAGUAACUUCAUUUUGGAGUACAACGAAUGCAGUCGCAUGUGCAACUACACGCCACUGUUGUUUGGGAGCCAGCCGCCACCCGACGCCUACAUUUUGCUGUUGUUCCCAACAUUUGACUUCACGCUGCUCGGCGGAACGCUAGCAGUCAACAUCUUGUCUUUCACGAGUAUCCGACGGUACUCGCGCAAACGCAAACUGCUCUCACAGGGGAGUCUGAGCGAUGGCAGCAGUGUAGGAGGAGGCGGCUGCUCGCACAGACCCUCCUUUUCAGACAUCAAAGCUGCCAAGACGAUUGGCAUCCUGACAUUCGCCUUCACGGCGUCCUUCUCGCCCAUCGCGGUCUUUGUGUUCGGGAACGUGGUGGGAUACACCUGGUGUAACUUUUCCUUCAUUGCCUUCUGGAUCCUGACAGGAAACAGCUGCUGUAAUGUGAUCAUCUACAGUGUCAGGGACCACCGCUUCAGGAAGGGCAUGAGUCUGCUCUUUCAGCGAGAGCAGUCCCCGCCGCACUGCGAGAAGUCUUGAGAGACGUACGGCACUGUUCUAGCACGACUCGGCUCGGUAUCAGGCUCGUCAUUUUAGGCGGUGAUGGCUGCAUGAAAGUGUCGUGAUGAGCAAAAGCAGUCGUUUUUGGUGUACUGAAUCAUUAGAAUCAGUUCAUCAAGAGGAAUCGUUCA